GUGCCAAUCACAGCACCCUUUUACCACAGCAGGGAUCGGCACCGAUCAUCAGGGCACUGAUGAUCAGUGCCCUGAUGAUCAGUGCCCAGCAUUUCCACCCACCAGUUCCGCCCACCUGUGCCCAGCAGUGCCACCUACCUGUUCCCAGAAGUGCCACCUACCUGUGCCCAGCAAUGCCACCCACCUGUGCCCAGCAGUGCCACCCACCUGUGCCCACCCACGUGUGCCCACCAGUGCCACCCACAUGUGCCCACCAGUGCCCAUCAAUGCAGUGUUGCCAAUCAGUGCCACCAGUCAGUGCCCAGCGGUUGUGCCAGUCAGUGCCCAGCAGUUGCGCCAGUUAUUGCCCAGCAGUGACACCUAUCAGUUCUGUCUAUCAGUACCCAUCAUCAGUGCCACCUAUCAGUGCCGCCUAUCAAUGACACCUCAUUAGUGCUGCCUAUCAGUG